UUGCACUUUAGGAAAACCUCUUCGGUGCAUGGAGGACUGACUGGAGCGGGGAGACCCACCAGCAGUUACUGCGGUAGUCCAGGUGUGGGUAGAUGAGGGUGUCAGAGGAGAGAAGGGGCGAACACAGAGACGCCACAGAGGUGAAAUGGGAGAUACUGGACGGGGUAAACAAUCGCUGGCAGGGUGGCGCGAGCCCCUACAGACACACGCCUAACGCCGCGCACGCGCACACGGCCCACCAUCGGCCCUCAGGGGGUGGGGCCGGAGGCGGGGCCUCGUCUGAGGUUAGCACUUCCCUGCCUAGUCCAGCGGUUUCCUCUUCCGGAGACAGGGGUCAGUCAGGGCGGCGGGAAAUAGCGCGCAUCCUUCGCCUCCGGCCUGGACGCGGGUGGCCAUGGCGACGUCGUGGAAGCCUGUCUUGCAGCCCUGGAUCCGGGAUCUGCUCCUCGGCCUGGAGCCUGGAGAGAGCUCGGGGCUGGAGGGGAAGGGAGAGGGGCUCGGGCAGCUGCUGGAGGUAAUUGAAGAAGCUGAGCCUGGGGGGAGCCUGGAGCUGAUUGAUGGCAAGGCCGCUGCCAUCCUGCUGGUGACCGAUGGGACUCACAGUGUGCAUUGCCUGGUGACCCCCGAGGCCCUGAGCAUGGCUGCCUGGGAAGAGAAGCACUUUGGUUUUAGGAGGGCAGUGGGCCGGCUGCUUCUGCUGCAGGAUUUCAGAGUGUCUGUUCAAGAGGUGGCUGAGACUUCGCUGAGUAAUGGGGAGUUCUGCCUUUGGGUACAUCGCUUCAUCCUGCUGCCCACGGAGCUCCCCAGGGAGGGGGUAACAAGCUGUAACUGGGACCCAGCUGUUCGGAGAAAACUUCAGGAGUAUAAAAAGCACCAUGAAGGGGAGAGGACCCCCCCUAACAUAGAUCGAGGUUCUGCGUUGUCCCAGUUGCUGGAAGAGAUGUGUGAAGACCGACGGAGCUUAUUAAGCUGUCAGGCCCAGAGCUGCCUGGAGCUGGGAGGUUCUGAGGGGGGUUCUCUGCCCCUCACUCGAUGGGAAGCCUCCCGGAGGAGGGCUCCGGGAGAAGCCGUGUUCACUAUUCCAGGCCUGAGGCUGCAAAUUAGUGCGCAAGAGGAGGACAUACUUCGGAACCUGAGGGCAGUAUCUGAAAACAGCCCUGAGCUGCAGAGUUUAGAGAGGACCCCGGCAGACCCCUGGCAGUUCCUCCCGGCCCUGUCCUUGACACAGUCCUCUUCCUCCUCUUCUUCCUAUGUAGAGGCGCUGGACCGUUUGCCCUUCUCGACCGAGGGAAGCCCAGGUCAGCUGAAGGAUAACUUCACCAACAACCAGGAAUCCCCCUCUGUGGGGUGCAGGGAGCCCAUCAACCUGUCACCUCUGCUCUUUCAGGGCAGUGAGUCCUCUUGUAUCCAGACCUCCUGCCCCCAGGAUCCACCACAGGACCAGCCCCCUCCAGCUCUUCCCUCUUCCCCUCAGGCAGCAGCCAGUGUCUCUAGGGACAAAUGGGAAACCCCCAAGAUAGGUGGCCCCCAGCGGUCCCUUGAAACCCUGGCUAGGGCUAGGGCCAAGGGAAGCAAGGACAGACCAGGAAGCAGGAAACCCAGCCUGGAGUUUGUGAGCAAGAGGGUCAAGAGUACUCUCUGGGUUCCAAAGGGUGUUCCUCCAGGCAGCUCCAGCCCAGGAAAAGGCCCGGCCUCAGCCAGGGUCCCUCCAGAGAGACACCUGGAUGGCUCCCCCUUCCAGUACAAUUACCCAGAGCCUUGCAUCAGCCUCUGCUCCCAGGUUGUAGCCACCAGACUCUGCCCAUCGCUUCUGGACUGGGCCAGACAAGUCCUGAUGGAGACCGACCUAGUGGAGGUGUGAGAGCUCAGAGAUGCUGCAGACAUUUGUCCUCUAUUCUCCCCAUUGCCUUGGGGGCCAGAGUUAAUAAAAAGAGCAGAAUUGCA